AUGCUCAACACACGCAAGAAAGCUUUCGCGAAAAGAUCCCGCACAGGCUGUCGCACAUGUCGCGCUCGUCGCGUCAAGUGCGAUGAAACUCCUGUCGCUUGUAACAAUUGUAACAAGUCUGGUAGGGCUUGUGACGGAUACGAUGUACACCGACUUAUUCCUGGAGGUGGUCGGCGUAAGGCUGGGAACCUUGUUCCGGCUUUCACCAUUCCCGCUGACAUGGCCCGCAAGCUGCAGUGGACGGCAACUUCAGACGAGCGCCGAUGCCUGUCUUUCUUCCAACAUAGAUCGGUAGAGCACUUGGUCGGCUUUUAUGAUUCACUUCUAUGGCAGCAGGUGAUCUUCCGCCUAUGCUACCAAGAACCAGCCAUCUAUCACGCGGUCAUUGCUCUGGGGGCCGUCAACCAGGCCAACGAGAUCGCAGGCUGUAUUCCCCGACCAGGACGGAGCACUAGACGCUUGUCACAAGACCCCCAGCUGCAGGAGGUUAUCCUCGUCUGCUGUCUUUUAUUCGUGAUCUGCGAGCUUCUCCAUGGGAAUCGCAAUCGAGCCAAUUUUCACAUCCAAGGCGGCCUUCAGAUUUUACACGUGAUGAAGAUCCAGCGGCAGAUCACGGGCCUGGAGCUUUGCUCGGAGACCGCCUUCUCUGGGCCAUCCGGUCCCAGGUUCUCGGUGGAGAGCUGUGUGGUGGAGAUGUUUCUGAAGCUGCAGGAAUCGUCCAUCUUUUAUGGCACCGACAACCCACUGGACUUUGAUAGCCACUUCGUAUUUGGACAACCGUACGAAAAGUAUAUGCAGCAUUUUCAGAGUCUGGGACAUGCAAAGCAGGUGUUGAAACCUUUGACCCAGGCCAACUUCCUCUUUACCGCGCUGUAUCUCAAGGCAUCGGAUAACUACAUUCGAGAAGACUACGCAUCCUUACAGCACCGCCAACUGCUGUUGCUUUCAUACUUCCACCGAUUCCUCUGCCAAUUCGAGAUCUUCUGCGCACGUGAAUACCCAGACAGCGCAGAUGGCACAUCUCGACUCAAUAAAGAACAACGCGAAGCGGAGUUGAUCAAGCUCAGUUGCCAACAGGGCAUCCUCGCCUCGAAGGUGGCUCUUUACUACAAAAGUGAACUAUGGCCCGAGAGCCUGACUCACGAAUGCGAAGCCCUGAUUAUCGCGUCUGAGACUGCAAUGGCCAAAUUUGGUGGCGAGUAUCCGGCCGUCACAGCGGACCUGGCAGUCAUGCCAGCGUUGAUUAUCAGCAUCUUCCGAUGUCCGGACUACGGCGUCCGCGCACGAGGGGUUGCGGCCAUUCGCUCCUGGCGGUCGGAGGAAGGGUUCAUGAGCGCCACCCUGACGUCCGAUAUCAUGGAAGAAGGUAUGAAGAAGGAAUUGCAGUCGAUCUAUGAUAUGGCGAAGCCAUGGCCCCGAGGAGUGGUAUUUAUGGAGGACGAGGGUGUGGUGACGGCGCGGGUGUCGUAUUGGGUGGGCGCUGAAGAGAAGCAACGCCGUCUACCGCUGAGGCAGAAUGACAUCUUGAUUGCUGAUUUGAUUGCGAUCGAGAACGCCAAGUAUUGGCCGUGUGUACGCAUGUGGGGAUUACUCGAUGAUGACAAAUUAUAGGUUUCCGACCUUGAAUGAGCCCUUGUUGCCAAUAGACACGAUAUAUCGAUUCAC